UCUCCAACAAGAAGAAAACAAAAUGGAAAUGAUUAAGACUCUAAUUGGACAUUCAUCUUACGAUAGCAAUUAUAUGGGUACACACGAUGAAGGAAAAACAAUAAAUCAAAAUAUGAAAGUUGCGACUGGACGAAGAUCUUACAGAUGUGAAAUUUGUUUGAAGCAGUUUACUACAGCCAGUUAUUUGAAAAAACAUUUAAGAGUGCACACUGGAGACAAUCCGCACAAGUGUUCUAUUUGUUUUAAGCAGUUUACUGAUCGAAGUAAUUUAACAAUACAUUUUAGAGUGCACACAGGAGAGAAACCAUAUAAGUGUGAAAUUUGUUUUAAGCAAUUUAGUGAAGCAGGUACUUUGAAAAUCCAUUUGAGAGUGCACACUGGGGAGAAACCUUAUAAGUGUGAAAUUUGUUUUAAGCAGUUUACUACAAACACUGAUUUGAAAACACAUUUGACAGUGCACACUGGGGAGAAACCUUAUAAGUGUGAAAUUUGUUUCAAGCAGUAUACGCGAUCAGAAAAUUUGAAAACACAUUUGAGAGUGCAUAAUGGGGAAAAACCCUAUAAGUGUGAAAUUUGCUUUAAGCAGUUUACUACAAACACUGAUUUGAAAAGACAUUUGAGAGUGCACACUGGGGAGAAACCUUAUAAGUGUGAAAUUUGUUUCAAGCAGUUUAGUGGAGCAGGUAGUUUGAAAACACAUUUGAGACUACAUACGGGGGAAAAACCUUAUAAGUGUAAAAUUUGCUUUAAGCAGUUUAAGCAACCGAUAAAUUUGAAAAUACAUUUGAGAGUGCAUACUGGGGAAAAACCUUAUAAGUGUGAAAUUUGCUUUAAGCAGUUUACUAGAAACACUGAUUUGAAAAGACAUUUGAGAGUGCACACUGGGGAGAAACCUUAUAAGUGUGAAAUUUGUUUCAAGCAGUUUAGUGGAGCAGGUAGUUUGAAAACACAUUUGAGAGUACAUACGGGGGAAACACCUUACAAGUGUGAAAUUUGUUUUAAGCAGUUUAGUGGAGUAGGUAAUUUGAAAAAACAUUUAAGAGUGCACACUGAAAAGAAACCAUACAAGUGUGAAAUUUGUUUUAAACAAUUUAGUGAAGCAGGUAAUUUGAAAAGACAUUUUCGGAGUGCACACUGGGGAGAAACCUUAUAAGUGUGAAAUUUGUUUUAAGCAGUUUACUACAAACACUGAUUUGAAAACACAUUUGACAGUGCACACUGGGGAGAAACCUUAUAAGUGUGAAAUUUGUUUCAAGCAGUAUACGCGAUCAGAAAAUUUGAAAACAGAUUUGAGAGUGCAUAAUGGGGAAAAACCCUAUAAGUGUGAAAUUUGUUUUAAGCAGUUUACUACAAAUACUUAUUUGAAAACACAUUUGAGAGUGCACACUGGUGAGAAACCUUAUAAGUGUGAAAUUUGUUUCAAGCAGUUUCGCCAAGCAGAUAAUUUGAAAACACAUUUGAGAGUACAUACGGGGGAAAAACCUUACAAGUGUGAAAUUUGUUUUAAGCUGUUUAGUAGAGAAGGUAAUUUGAAAAGACAUUGGGAAGUGCACACUGGCGAAAAACCAUAAAAGUGUAAAAUCAGUCUUAAGCAGUUUACUACAAACACUGAUUUGAAAACACAUUUGAGAGUGCAUACUGGGGAAAAACCUUAUGAGUGUGAAAUUUGUUUUAAGCAGUUUAAGCAAUUAGAAAAUUUGAACACACAUUUGAGAGUGCAUACUGGCGAAAAACCUUACAAGUGUGAAAUUUGUUUUAAGCAGUUUAGUGGAGCAGGUAAUUUGAAGACAUUUGAGAGUGCACUCUGGCGAAACACCAUAAAAGUGUGAAAUUUGUUUUAAGAAGUUUACUACAGCAAAUUAUAUAAAAAUGCAUUUUUUGAGAGUGUGCACACUGGAGUUAAAUUGUGCAAGUGUAAAAUUUGUUUUAAGCAGUUUCUUACAGCAAGUAAUUUGAAAACACAUUUGUGAGUACACACUGGAGAAAACCCUUACAAGAGUGAAAUUUGUUUUAAGCAGUUUAAUUUUAGCAAGUCAUUUGAAAACACAUUUGAGAGUGCACACUGGAGAAAAACUGUAUAAGCGUAAAAUUUGUUUUUUAUGUGUAUUUAAUUGUAAGUUUCGGAGUUGCUUGGCAACGUUACGUUGGACUGUCAAGGGUGACGUAUGACAGGUAACCGGAAAAUGGAAGGAGGGUCAUCUCUCAUCUCUAUAUAAGAUAUUUUAUAAUAAAGUAGUUAAAGUAGCAUUUUGUAUUUAUAUCAUGGGCUUACAUACAAGCGUUUAAGCAAGUUUUAAGCAGUAUAGCCAGGCAAGUCAUUUGAGAGUACAUACCUACAAAGUGGAGAAAAGCCUUAGGUUCCACCUACGUUGGAACCGUAUUUACCGAUCCGACAUCGUGAGACCGUCCGGUCGACGUCGGAUUGAAAACAAACACAAGGUAUUAAUACGUAGUGCCUACACGGCAGCGGGAAGCCCGACCCGAUAACAUCCGAUGUCGGAUUGACUAGCUUCUCCUAUCAAACGUGUUUGGUUUCAUUCUGAUUUUUCGUUCCAACGAGACCCAAAUGGCAGAAAUGGACAGAGACAUGUUGUUUGGCUCGAUGAUGAUUGAUGGAUGAUGGCGAGAAAUUAGCCUCGUUUGUGGGAUUAGAGGCUCAAAUCAUAUCAGAAUCGAGACAUUAAAGCCAUUUUAUGGGAGUCCGUUGGAACGGCAUUAUUAGGAAAAGUCAUAUAUGUUUAUUUAUAGGAAUAAAAGGCAGAUUUCGAGCAUAUAGUUUAAUCAAAUCUUGCCUAAAUAUACUUUCGCUAACUUAGCAUCAUCAGGAGCAUUUCAUCAAAACAGGAAGAUAUCCCAGCAAAAUGUAGAUAGCAUUUGUACGGCAAGAAAUUAGGUAAUUUAAAGACUUAUAAAUAAUAAGGGAAAAUGAAAAUGUAGUAUGUCAAAGUGUGUAAAUAAUUUAUUUCUUUAGCUGAGCGCUUUCGACAUAAACGUCAUCAUCCGAGCUAAUGCUAAAAUAAAAAAAGAGAUCUUGUAAGAAAAAGAAGUACAAAACUCUUUUUUUACUUACGUCAAUUACUAAAAAAGUACCGCUACAUAGAGGUGUAAACAAGUGCAUCUUAUGAAUGUAAAUAUGAUUUUUAGAUUUUAAAUGCUAUCUUCUUUGUCCUCCGUACAACACCAAACAGUAAAAACAGAAAAAACGGCCACAUACACGUUGCACAAAAACAUAAAAACUUUUUUCAUGGUACGGGUGUAGAUAUCACCCAUCCAUUCUUGGCCUAGUAACAACAGCUGACUGACAAGGUCGGCCGUCGGAUAUUCAAAUCUGCUUUUAUCUGUUCUGCGUUGACGUUUGACAACUGACAUUAAAAUAUGAAUAUUUUAAACAUAUUGAAAGGAAAAUUGAAAAUUUUUACAAUGAAAUUGAUAAGGAAAUGUACCUUAGAUGUUUGUACUAAUCAACUAUUAAAUUAAUUGAUAACAUGCUUGAUUUUGAGACUAAUUGGCCCAACUUACAUACACACCGUGUUAAGUUAAAAACAUUAAAAAAGUAUUAAACAGAAAGUAAUGAGAAAGAUCAAUUUUGAUUGUGAGUUCUCAAAUUCAAUAUUCAGAAGAUGUUAGCUUGUUGAAAUUAUAGAUUGAGAUAAUAUUAUAUUGUUGUUAUUUAUCAUCUUUUUGUCAAUUAUGUAAGUCAUUGAAAUGACCUUGACUCGGUGUAUGGAUAUUUUAUUAAGUUGAAUCCCUAACGUUUAUGUAGAAAUAUUAAAUGAUUUUAAUAAAUGUUAUGAUGUUAAAAUGGGUAUAUUCAGUUUCUAUUGUUGUAAGACGUUGAUGACAAAAUAGUAGGAUAGUGUUCGGUGGAAUUAAAUUUUUAACAAAAUAGUUUCGAACACUUUUGUUGUUAGGUGUUUUAUUUCUAAGGCUCUCAUUACUUGUUGAUAGAAGUAUAUUAUGUAAAUAUGUAAAUAUCUGUAAUAUAGUAAUGUAUAUAUAAAUCUGGCCAA